AUGCCACCGAUCACUUCUGACAAAGACCUUCCUAAGUUGCUUGAUACACCCACAAAGCACGUCAAAUGGGUGAAAAAGCUGGUCCUCAGGCAUCUACGUAGUGCUGUUAAGCACAUCGACAGGCCUCCUAUGCAGGGGAUGUUUAGCCGAACCCUACUAUUGACAUUGGGAGAUGGCCGUGAGGUGGUGCAACAAUUUCGCACUGAGCCAUUCGACCUAGACGCUUUCAAGAUUGCAAAGAAAGCCUUGGGCCCUGUCAUGUGGGUUCACGGAAUUGCCGGCAAGGGCGCAAAGGGCCGAAUUGCGAUUAAUAAAUCUCUUGGUCACGUUCUGUCUAAAGGCUGCCUCGCCAAUAGCAGUGACGAGGCCGUGAAUGGCCGUGUCCGCAACCACCUUGAGGCCCUCCUAGCAUCGCCUCGAAGAAGAUAUCAAUCCAAGCUUCCACUAUGGGUCGCUCACUAUGACCUGAACCAAGUAAACGUCUUAAUCGAUGAGGAAUGCAAUAUCACUGGCUUGAUCGACUGGGAGCUUUCCAGCCCUCUCCCAUUUGGUGUUGGCUUCGGUCGCAUUCACACCUAUGCUGGCGAAUAUACGGGCGGGGGGUUUUGGGUGCCUGAUGAAUUUGAGGAUGCAGAACGAGCUUUCUGGAAUGAGUUGUUUGAUGGAAUGCCGGCAGAAACUCGUGACGAAUUGAGAAACCAAAUCGACCUUGUCCAGGAUGCCGUUAUCCUUGGAACACUUUUAGAUUGCCUGGCUUUUGAACAAGGGAAGGUUGUUAUUGGCUCGGUUCCUAAGAAGGCUCUCCCUAAGCUUCUUACUUACCGAAUCCCUUUUGUUAGAGGGAACGAGCCCCCGUACAGAGACUAA